UUAUUUUGUCUUGUUUUUUUUUUUUUUUUUUAUUCUUUUUUUUUUUUUUUCGGAGCUGGGGACCGAACCCAGGACCUUGCGCUUGCUAGGCAAAUGCUCUACCACUGAGCUAAAUCCCCAACCCCGUUCUUCUUGUUUUUAAUACAAGUUCUUGCUCAGUCGACUUGACUGUCCGGUUGGACCUCAAAUUUAAUGUAAUCCUUCUACCUCUCUCUGCCUCUUGAGUGCUGGGAUUAGAACCAUCACACUGGGUUCCAUUCAUUUUAAAUCUAGAUCAGAUAAAACCCUGCCAUUCCCUCCCUUCUGCUAAAGCUCCCCCGUUCUCCCAAGGAAUGACCUCUGACGCUUAGUGGUGCUUUAUUCUUCUAGACCAGCACUGUCUAGGAGAAGCUCAAUGUGGGGUGUGGUCAUGGGUGGUGGUGGUGGUGGCAGCUGCUACAGAAGUAAUUUUGAAUUUUCUACCACAAUUUACAUUCACAUGUUUGUUUACUUCCUUCCAAUUGGCUCUGACACACCCAUUCCCUACAAGGUCGUGUGAGCGCAGCUCAGCUGUGCACUGAGCCUGUUUAUACUGCUGGAGUGAAAUAAGGGGCGGACCCUAAGGUUGUUUCCUACCUGUUUGCACCACAGUAGAUUUCUACAACAGCCUCUCCUCCCCCCCCCCCUCUCUCUCUCUCUUUCUCUCUCUCUCUCUUAAAUGUGGUGCUGGUGGUGAGGGGCUUAGAUAGAGUAUUAUGGGUUAUGGUGACCUUGAACUCUUGCUCUCCAGAGUUCCUACCUCCACCUCCAUUGCUGUGGUCUCUGCUGUAUCACCCUGAAGGGUUAGAACAAUUUGUUUAUGCCAAAAUUGACUAUAUCAUAGCCAAACUCUCAAAGCUGAGGUAGCAGAAGGCUCCAGUGCUCACGGUGAAGGGCUUGAAGGUCUGUCUGCUCUAGGCCUUAGUGAAGGUCUCCACAGUUUUCACUGUUCCUUCCAACAGUGACAUCAACCACUCUCCUCAGGCAAAAAAUCUCCGACACACAUGCAGCGGCCUCAUCAUCCUGGAAUUCCAGGGAACGACUAUGCAAUGUGACCUUUCACUCUGUCCUUGCUGCUUCUUUCCAGUCAAGGUGUCAGAAGAGCACUCUGGGCAGGGCCGCCAGCCUGAAGCUAAUUGCUAAUUGACAGUAGCCUUGGGAUAUCUUGUUGGAUUGUUUAUUUCCAUGUUGAUCAAGUUUUUAAUCAUGAAAGAAUAUGGAUCUGCGGGAAAAUCAUGUUUCCCUGUAGUCAUCCAGUGUCCUUUAAGGUCUGCAGCGAGUGCACCAGGGACCAUUGAUCAAAACAAGGGGAGUUGUAUGACACUGUUAACUGAGUCUUGUUCCUUACUGGGAGUCCUGGGAUUGGUUCCUGAAGUUUGAAUGCUUUAGUGGGGUGUGGUUUCACAUGACUUCAAUUCUGGCAUGAGGCAGGGGGAUUGCUAUUGUGAGAGCAGCCUGAUCUACACAGCAAAAAGACCCUGUUUCAAAAGUAGAAUGAGGACAACAGCAAAAACAAAAUAAUGUGAAAUAUAUCUUAGUGGUAUACACGAUUAAAUAAACAUCACUAAAUAAAUAACAUGCGAAGACUGUGCUAAUGUAUACUAAAAUAUUAAAACCAAAAGUUAAAAAAUAAUGGAAAAGACAAACAUGUCGGUGCAUACUUGAUGUCUAGUGCUCCAGAACCAGAAACAAGAGGACUGAGACCCUAAGGCCAGCCUCAGCUACAUGGAUACUUGAGGUUCCUGAGUUAUAUGAGACUUCAUCUUAAAACAAAGCAGCAAAAACCCAGCCCAGCAAACAUCAAAAUAUAUGGUUUAUCUUUAGAGUGGAAUUCCCCCAUUCUCUGUUCUUCCUGUUAAUCCCCUCCACUGCCCAGGGGUCAUCUGAAUGGUUUCUUUGAACUUAGACCAGCACAGUGCGAAUACGACAAGAACCUCACAGGCAGUUUUAAUUUUCUACUAUCUAUAUUAAAAAGAAAUGGGUGAUAGGGCUUGAGAAAUUGUUCAGCAAGCAGUUAGAUGGACUGCUCACCUCAGUGGUGAAGGCCAGACUGAGCUGAGAGACCAAAACUUUUGGGUUCAGACUCUGUCUUAGAGAACCUGACCUAAGGUUAAACUCAAGUUAACUAACAGGAUGGUGCCUAGCACCAGUUUCCAGUCUACCCCACAAUAAGACCUGUGUCUAGCACCAGUUUCCAGUCUACCCCACAAUAAGACCUGUGUCUAGCACCAGUUUCCAGGCUACACCACAAGAAGACCUGUGUCUAACACCAGUUUACAGGUUGUUCCCCAAACAAAUCUGCACCCCUGAGUUAAAAGCCUACCUCUGCCUAACAACCACCAAUCAGGAGGAAAGCAGAAGUUAAGUUUGAGGUUUGGCUCCUAGCACCAGCCAUGUUAAAGGCCAGGGUGCUCCCUCCACACCCCCAAUCAGAUGUGUACCAGGCUAGAUACCCCCUUUCUUGCCUCUAUAAAUGCUUGCCUAAAACUAGGCUCAGGGCUCCCCCUUCCUGUUGUGUCAGAGUUGGCGGGGACCCCAAGCUCAAGCUUGAAUAAAGAGACCCUAUUGAGAUUGCAGCUCCUUGGUGGCCUUUUGGGGUUCACAAAUGUUUCCUGGCACAACAGAGCAAACCAGCACCAUAUACAAAGACAACAUCCCAAGAACACCUGAAUCCCAGCUCUGUGGGUGGUGGUGGUGAGAAGAGAUGGGGAAUUGCUCUGCCUUUCUGCCUUAUGGCUUCUGGUAUAAUAGAGGAAACGUGACUCAAAGGAAUAGGCAGAAUGAUACAAGAGGACACCAGAUACACACACACACACACACACACACACACACACACACACACACACACACACACACACACACACAGAGCAACCGACAAACAGAAAUUUAAAAUAGGAAUGAGUGAUAUUAAUUUUAAGCGUUUAUUUUAUUUAACUCGAAGCACUGAAAAAUCUAUCUUAUCAUCUUAAUAUGGAACAGAUUUUGAAAGUCACUAGGGAGAGUUCAUACACUUUUGCUGUAAGUCUCACAAAUUCAGUGUGCAUUUUACCUUUAUAACGCAUCUCGGCCCUCAUUGGCCACGUCUCAGGUGCUCAGCUGCAUAAGGAAUCGCACAUUCUAUCUAGCUUGUAUAAAGGAUUUACAAGCUGUAAGCCUAGAUUGGGUGGGAUUUGGAUCUAUUUUAACUUACAUCCCAGCUCUCUUCUCUUGUUACUUGCUGUUUCUUCUGGCCACUGGGUAGUCAUGGCAGGUCCCUUCUCUUGGCAGCCUCAUCCUCCUUUGGUCACCAUUCUUCUCUCUUACUCUCUCUACAUGCAACCCCCAGCCAUGUAACAGAAAACCUGCCUACCCACUUCUAUCUACUGCCCAAUCACAGGUUUUAUCUUUUUGACCAAUUAACUUGGGGAACAAAGUUGCAUAGCAUCCUGAGGAUCUCCUUGUCCCUGAGGGUCUCUUUGUGAGGGGGGCAAUCAGAUCUUGGGGGCCAGUAUUUAGCAUUUGAAUACAAAGCAGUUCCAGACCAACCCCCUACGCUCAGCAGCCACUUGGGACUAGGGGAUACUUCCUGUGACCCACAACACACCUCUUGUAAGUCUUUGUUUAUCUGUCUACCCGCAAAUGAGCACAUAUUAUAACUUCUCACUUUCUUCUUGGAUAGCACACUUCAUUUAAAUAGAUGUGUAGUUUAGGUGGAACAAAUGCUAUUAAACCAUUUCCCUAAUCACAGAUAUUUCAUUUUUAAAUGCUUUCUACCAAAUGCCUUUAAAUGCUGUUAGAGAGUAGAGAUGUCAAUGUGAACUUGCCCUGUCAAAGAAUGUGAUACUUUAAAAAAUACUAUAAUUAUAAAAUGAUAACAUGUUUCAAACAAAUAGAGCAGUAAGUAUAUAGCUAGAUGUAUGUAUUUUUCAUGACAGUUGUGUUAGAAAACAAACAGAAAUUUUGAGACAGUGUCUCCUGUUUCCCUGCUGGUCCGGAAGGCCUUUAGUAACCACUGGUGACCUUGGACUUCUGAUCCUUCUGUCUCUACUUCCCAAGUGCUGUGGUUUGCAGGUGUGCACCGCCAUGCUGGUCUUUGAAGCCAGUGCUUGGCCCAUGCUGGACACUCUACUGAGUUACACCCCAGUCCCUAGAAGUCAAAAUUUUUAUGUCAGCACGACCCUUUCAAUUUGGGUUUUGCUUUUUAAAUUGGAGCAAUCAUGAGGCUGGUGCAUGAGGAGCAGAGCUGGAGACCAAACAAAGCAAAGCGGAACCAGAUUAAGCAAACCACAGAGGCCAAGCAGUUCCCACCAGUUUUCUGAUGAAAUCCCAGUGAUUCCUAUGCACACAUGCUCACACAUGCAUGGGCACAGGCAUGCAUGCAUACACGCCCAUAUGCCACACACAGAGGAAAAUAUUUCUUUUAAAUCUUAAAAGAAUAUAAUCUUAAUUUAACCUAUUUUAGCAUAUUAGUGAGUCUUCCUAAAUAUUCAAAUGAUUCAUAAAUGUAGAACUUAAGGAUGGAGAGGUGUUUCAGGAGUAUAGAGCCUUAGGUUUAAUUCCCAACACUCAAACACCCUCCUUCAUGGCUUCUCAAAUGCCCUCUUCUGAUGUGUGUGAAUUCAUUCAAGCUCAUGGUACAUGUACAUACACUAAACACACACACACACACACACAUACACACACACACACACAUCCCUAAAUAAAUUAUGUUUUCACAAAUAUACAAAAGAGAAUAGAGUUUCAAAAUAAAAGUUCUCUUUCACCAAAGUAUUUCUCCACCAAAUACUUUGAAGAAUUUGGAUUCUCUCCGUGACAUUCAAACAUACCAGCACGUGCGUGGAAAUGUUUUGCCGUUGAGGUGUGGUGAUUGUACAAAAAUGGGUUUCUGUGAAAUAGGUUAUUAUUCAUUUACUUGUAUUUCUUAAAAAUACUUUAAGUCAUACAAUCUCAAUGAAAUACUGAUAUUCUUCAUAAAUAUACAUUGUUAUUAUUAAGCAGGUGGGCAUUGUGUAAAGACCCCAAUCCAAGACUAUUUAACAUAAUAUGGCCUACACUGUAUAUAGAUGUUUCUGCCAUGGGCAGGCAGCUUAGGGAUCAGCAGCUGUGGGAGGUCUUGAAUUGGAGUGUAAACAGCUCAUACAUAUGUACGUGUAUGUCUCUCUCUCUCUCUCUCUGUCUCUCUCUCUGUCUCUCUCUCUGUCUCUCUCUCUCUCUCUCUGUGUGUGUGUGUGUGUGUGUGUGUGUGUGUGUUAUAUUUAUUGUACAUCACAAGACCCGAGUGAAACAUUGUCAGCUCCUAAGGUAUGGAAUGCUGUUAGUGUCUACUUUUGAGAUAAGAGUUAUUUUGUAAUAAGCUAUAUAAGACAGGAUCUGGACUAGGGAUUUGCUGCUAUAGACAACAAAUUUAAUCUGGAAACUGCAAGUUAUGAGGCAGCUCUGGUAGCCAUCAGAGAAAAGUAUCCUAAGAAAGGAACCGGCCAUGGAAUAGAUACAGGGACCAGGGGAACACGGGAUAUCCUAUAAGCAGACAGGAAGCCAGUCUGAAACAAUAUAUAAAAAUGUACUCACACACAAAUAUAUAAAUCUAAAACAUUUAAUAAAUAUACAAAUAUAAAUACAUAAAGAUACAUAUACAAUCAUAAAAUGUAAGUAUAUAAAUAUAUGAAUAUAAAUACAUAAAUUUACAAAAAUAAAUAUGAACAUAAAAAUGUGUGUGUGUGUGUGUGUGUGCGUGUGUGUGUGUAUGCUAAAAUCCCAGUUGCAUAUGUAGCACAGUUUAGAGAACACCAGGCAUUCAUGAAGCCCUGACUGGAUCCUGAGCACAGUGAAAACACCAGGAGGCAGCACACACCCAUGAUCCACACUGGUGGAGGAAGAAGGAUCAGAAGUUCAUGACCCUCUUUGACUGCAGGAGCAAUUUCAGGCUGUGACCCAUCUCUCUGCCUCCAAAUGGGUGUGGGGUAUCUUAUACUUGCUCAGAUGGUGACGAUCCAGAAAUCUUACCCCAACAGAUCUGUGACAUUGUCCUCAACAUCUUUAGGAAGACACGUGGUUGCCUUAUGUACUUGGUUUGUGGAAAUGAAAACACCCUCAGAAUUCACAACUGCUCGAGAAACACUUGCUUGGACAGCAUUCUACCCUCUAAUUGCCAGAUGGGAAAGUAGUCAUGUCCAGUUUCCCACCUUACACAACUCCCACACUUCAGGAGGCUCCGUGGACAAUUUAGUACAACUGAAAGGUGGAUCUGGGUAUGGAGACGCUUGGCUUCAGCUCUUUAAAGAUCUCUGCUCACCAAGCAUUCUGGGCCAGCCUGAAAGUCUUCCCGUAGACCUUGAUGCCAUAGAAUACAAAUCCACCUGCCUGGGGUUGGAGAGAUGGUUUAGCAGUUGAGAGCACUGGCUGCUCUUUUAGAGGACCUGCGUUCAACUCUCAUCACCUACACGGCUUACAACUGUCUGUAUCACCGGUUCCAGGGGACCUGAUAUCCUCACACAGACAGACAUAUGUGCGAUAGUUCAAUGAGUGAAGAUGCUUGCCACCCCACACUCCCUAAACUUUUGGAAGCAGAGUCCAUGAUCUAGAUUUAUUUCUUUCUCCUCCUCCAUUCUAAGUAUGGACGGCGAGUAAACAUUUAUUAGAAAGAUAUUAGUAGAUGGCUUCCAGGAAGUAUAACAAAAGCCGUGUCCCCUUUUCUCUUGUUCCAGGAACUCUUGGCUUCUCCAGUUCGUUCUCCUUUCUGCAGUGCAGUUUACUCUCCUGUAAAUCAAGAGGAUUGGCCCAGGUGUCAAAGUCCCUUAACUCUCCAAAUGUCUGAAAAGCAGUGCUGUCCCAAGGCCUAGAGUCACACCUCAAGUGAGGAUCUUUGCUGAAGCUUGGAAAACCGCUCUAGCACAUGAGGGGUGCUCCCACUUACUUAGGCUCCCUUUAGUCUGUUUAUACCAGUGAAUAGAUGCUAUCUAGUGGGUGGAUUGGAGAACUGGAGAACUCAGUUUUCACACAGAACAGGUGAGAGUGUGGCCAGGAGAUGAGGAUGGGAUUACAAGACAGAAUCUUGGAGAUUCCAUGGGCAGUAGAGCACCAGAAGAGACUAACAAGAAGUCACUUUCCCUUAAGUACAGGUAAGGACGGAUGUCUACAGACUUAAGCUGAAGAGAAAGAAUCAGGAUACUGCUCCAUACAGUUUCGGUACCAUGUGGAAUGACAUUGAAGAUGAUGUGGGGUUGAAUGUGGGACAUUAAACAACGAUGGUUGGAUCCCUAGACAUUUGGGUGACAGCAUCCAACAGAGUUCUCCAUAUAUUUGGUCACCACCAUGAUGCCCCCUCAAGUCCUCAUUUCAGGUCUCCUACUCCUUCUCCCAGCUGCUGUGGACUCCUUCCCGGAAGUGCAUGGAGUGGUGGGUCAGCCUGUCACACUGCCAUGUACGUAUCCAGUGUCUAAUGAAUUAGAGUCCGUGUGCUGGGGCCGAGGCGAAUGUGCUUCUGAUACGUGUGGACAAACACUUGUCUGGACUGAUGGAAACCAAAUCUAUCAGACAAGCAGUCGUUACCAGAUCAACGCGCAGCUUCUUCAAGGAAAUGCAUCCUUGACCAUCGAGGACACCUAUGAGAGUGACAGCGGUCUCUACUGCUGCCGAGUGGAAAUGAAGGGAUGGGAUGGUGUGCAGACACUGACCACCUCACUGCAGGUUCAACCAGUUUGGACUGAGACUGUGACAUCUUCAGACCACCCUUGGAAUAACCACACUGAAGUGGUCCCUACGGAAACUCCCCUGAAGAUCCCCAUUAGGGGUCUCUGUAUUGGAAUCUCUGUGUCUGCCUUCUUGCUGAUCCUCGCGAGCAUCCCAACUGUCAUACAGUGCAGACACAGAAGAAAGAAGAGCCAAGAGAGCAACUCUGAAUGCGGCUCAGUUUCCUUCCAUGUUUAUCACAACGAAGCUUUUCAAAGUAUAGCGCAACUCCCAGCUGAAGAUGUAGUCUACGUCACUGAAGACAGUGCUCACCCAAGGGUUAAAUCCCAGUUGCCCUUGGAGAUGACAACCUUCCAAACCUGCAGAAGGAAGUGAUGGACUGUAACUGCGCUGAGAAUCCUUUGAGCUGCAGGGCUGUUUUCCGUAUCAGUUUAUCUCAGGAUCCCACUUCCUGGCAGUGGGGAGCAUGGCCAUAGUAAUCCAGGAAAUGGCUGUAUCUCUUACUAAAGAGACGGGAGUAUAAGUGUAUGUACAUGUAUA